CUUAACAAACCUCGGAUCCUUCACCGACGCCACACAAGCACAGCCACGAGUGAAUUCACGCCCGCGAAUACUUUGCAUACCCAAAUAUGGAGGUCGUGUACAAGAAGGUUGAUGAGUACGUGGAUUCUUUGGCUCCACAAAUCCAACCCCGCGUUGCCGCCGAGCUUGAUGUCUUCCAGCAGAAGACCAUCGACAGUCUCGAAGACCAGGUUAUCGACGCGUUUCGCUCGCUCUUUAAGAAGGAUUCGAACAAAGAUGGGUCGCGGGGUGACUUGAACGACACAGCUCCGGAUGCGUAUGGCGGCCAGUCGUUGCCUUUCGCCGAUGAAAUUGCCAAGUUGACGCGUAACUUCGGCAAGAUCUCUGAUGAGGCGGGCGAUGACCUUCGUGAUAUCUUCAACCUGACCGAAGGCCGCGAUGGCCCCGGAGAGGUACAAGCGCGGGGGGAGGAGUCCGCCAGAGGCUCGGGGGCCAGAGGAUUUCUUGCUUCGGCCCUCGAUGUUGUACAGGACCAUCUAGACGAUAAUAGGAAGAGCUCGGGCGGUGCCGGGUUCCAGCUUGACGGGCUGCUCGGUGUGAUCAGCAACACAGUCAAAGAUGCCUCCCGUAAUCCGGAAGAAAAGGCCCGUCUUAUUAGCCCGGAGAUCAAGGAGAAGGUGGGAGCGAAGCUGCGCGAACAGCACACUACAAUCGCAGAACAAUUCACGCGUAUAGCGCUUGAACAUAUCAAGCGCUGGCUCCGUGGCAAUACCAGUUCCCGAGACUUGGGCGACGGUGCUAAAGCCGAGAUUGAAGAUCAGGUCAAGGACAUCGUUAAAGGCAUCGGUGGCCUGUUCGGAAAGAAGCAUGCGAAUGAAGAGUCAUCCAGGGGUUUCAAUGAGCGCGCACAAGGCGAUAAUGCCGAUGAGCGAAGCGGCGGAUUCUCGAAGGUCAUCAGCGAUAAGCUAAGCACCGGUCUUGCGAAGGUCCACCGCGAAGUGCGUCUUGAAUUCAGGAAGAUCCUGGGCGCGAUCGAGAGGCAGUUGUUCGAGUUGCUACCCGAUCAAUUCCAGCGUCCUUUGGAGAAGAUUUUGGGCGGCAACCCCUUCGAUGCACAGCUCGACCGCGACGCGGAGCCAAAUGCGGACCGUGGCUUCGGCGACGAUAUCAAGGCUAAGCUUCUUGAUAAGAUUCGAGAUCUGGUUAGGAAGGUACAGGAGAGCCUGCGCGAGAACAUCCUGGGUGUAGUCAACGGCGGCCAUCGCAAGUUCGAGCGCGAGAGCUGGGUAUUUGUUCAAAACAUUGUGGAGCAGAAGGUGCAACGGUACCUUCCCGAUGUGAAGAUCAGUGUCCCUGAUGAUAUUGGAAAUGAGGGUGUCAGUGUAGGUGCGCCGACAGCUGGAGUCCAACUCGGACAAAACACUGCUCCUGCGCAGGGAAGAUACAAUAGUCCGGUAACUCAAGAACAGCAUAGUGGACAAUCACAUCAACAGCAGGAGUAUGAUACUCCCGCCCAGUCCCAGUACCGUCAAGAUUACCGCAGCGACAACAGCUCCCAGUACCAGAGCUCGAGACCCGAACAGCAGCAUGAGUACCGCCAAGAGCAGCACCAACGCCAAGACUACCGCCCUGAAUAUGAUCAGCCGUAUCAACAUCAACAACCGUCGCAAUACCAGUCAAGCCAACCGCAAGGGUACAACCAGGAUCACGGCUAUCAGCAGCACCAGGACUAUCCCUCGGGUGGAAGAUAUCAGGGUAAUCAAGACUACCAGCGGCACGAACCCAAUCAGGGCUACCAGCAGCAUGGUGGAUAUGAGCACUCACAGGGCGAAUAUCGGGGCAGCCAGGGCUAUGGAGGAGGCCCGGGUUACCAAGGGGGUCAAGGGUAUGGACAAAAUCCUCAAUACUAAGCUAUUGAGCGUGACUUGAGGCAUAGCGAGGUUGACAUGAAGAUUGAGUUGAAUGAUGCACCAUAGGGAGAGCUUCAUAGGCCCGUGACGAGAGAUUUUGACUCGACACUUUGCCAUCUGACAUGACGAAAGACGUGUUGAGACCAGUCCUCCAACGUGACUGAGUCAUAAUGAAAAUGAAGUGACAUUUGUUUCCAGGAG